AUGCUUUCCCUGCCCGUUCUCCUCGCUACUCUUCUGGCCCUACUCUGCAGGGCAACUGCGAUCGAAAUCGACGUCGGCGACGAAGACUCCAUCAAGCAUGCCGCCUUCGUCUUUUCCCACGGUAUGAUGUCCUACUACAACGGAAAUCAGUCUGGUGAGACCCCGGGCAUGUUCGUCGAUCCUUACUACUGGUGGGAGGCUGGCGCGGCCUGGGAUACCCUCCUCGGUUACUGGUACUUAACCGGCGACACCACCUACAACGACCAAGUCAAGUCCUCGCUCCUCUACCAGACCGGAAACGACAACAAUUACGUUCCGAGCAACCAGUCUACCACCGAAGGUAACGACGAUCAGGCGUUCUGGAUCUUUGCCGCCCUCACCGCCUGCGAGCGAAAUUUCUCAAACCCUGACGGCGACGACGACCCCUCGUGGCUUACGUUGGCAGAGAAUGGCUUCAACUCUAUGGCUAAUCGUUGGGAUUCCGCUAACUGCGGCGGUGGUCUCCGCUGGCAAAUCUUCACUUGGAACGACGGUUACGACUACAAAAACACAAUUUCCAAUGCUGGCUUGUUUUUGAUCGCCGCCAGACUCGCGCGCUAUACUUCAAACGACACCUAUGUUGAGUGGGCUGAACGUGCCUACAACUGGACCGAAGACGUUGGCUUUUUAAACACUGAGUAUUAUUUCUUUUACGACGGUGCGGAUAUUUCCGAAAAUUGUACAGAUAUCGACGAACUGCAGUGGUCCUACAACGCCGCCAUUUUCCUCGCUGGUGCUGCAUUCCUUUACAACUACACCGAAGACGAGCUAUGGUACAACCGAACCUGGAACAUUCUCACCGGAAUCGGCGUCUUUUUCGAUUCAAACUCCAGUAUCAUGUACGAAGCCGCUUGCGAAGUGGGAGGCAACUGCAACACCGAUCAGCUUUCAUUCAAGGCAUACCUUGCCCGAUACUUGGGUCUCACUGCCUCUCUUGUUCUCGAUACCUACGACACAAUCAUGAACCACCUGACCACUACCACAACCGGUGUCGCGCAGUCCUGCGUUGGUGGUACCGACAACGUCACCUGUGGCUCUACCUGGCUGAACAAGGGCUGGGAUGACACCUGGGGUCUCGGUCAAGAGAUGGCUGCGCUUGAGGUUGUGCAGAACCUGCUGAUAGGUAGCGUCGAUCCCCCACUGACUGCGACUACCGGCGGCUCUUCGGUCGUGGACAACGACACCGAUUCAUCGUCAGACGACGUAAUCACAACUGCAGACAAGGCUGGUGCGGGAGUGCUCACCAGCUUUGUUUUGAUUGUCAUCCUGAUGUUUGGUUGGUGGCUCAUUCUCUAA